AUGAGCGUCGGUGUCCAGUCGGUUUUGUACGUGAUCCUCGGACUUUCAGGGAUAUUUAUACCUCAUUCGGUAAACUGUAAUCCGUAUCGCGAUAGUUAUACAGUGACACAUCUGAAAUAUGAUUAUUCGGAAGAAAGGAUUUUCCAGAAGGAAAGAGAUCUUGAUGAAAAAAACAGUGGUUUGCAGGAUGCUAAUAAUGAUCAAAAACCGCAAUCGAUUUUGGAUUCCAAAGACAGAAAAGAAAAAAGAGUUGAAGCAACAAAUUAUCUUCAAGAGACACUCAAAGAAUCAUCCCGAGAUGAUGAUUAUGACAGAGGUUUUUCUCUAUUUGGCCUAGUUGAAUCCAUGCUAUUUGUCGUAGCAAAUGGACUCAGCACAGUUGUAAGCAGCAUCGUUGGUACUGAAAAGAAGAAUUUACGAUCAAAUGUCAGUAGAAUAAAUUAUAGAAACUAUCAAUUAAUUAGAGUGUUUCCUAACACGGAAAAUCACGUUGUGGAUCUGCGUAAUUUGAGAGACGCUGAGCCCGAAGACGUCAAAUUUUGGUCCUUUCCAAAUCUCAACAGGACCUCCGAUAUUAUCGUCGCGCCAGAUAUUGUAGCUGACGUUAAGGACUAUUUGAAAGAUAAGAAAAUCGACUUCAAAGUAUUAAUGUCGGAUAUUCAGAAAGCAAUCUCAUAUCAAAAUCCAAAAAUGUCAAAAGAUCAACGCGAGGACUUGGUGACCACUCAAGGUCAUAGUAUGACAUGGAAACGUUAUCAUCGAUAUGGAGAUAUCGUGCGCUAUUUAGAAUACCUAGCUUUUAGGUACCCCAAAAUACUUGAAUUAAUAACUAUCGGCCAAAGUUACGAAGGCCAACCAAUAAAAAUGGCAAAGGUUUCGACAGGAUUAAAAAAAGACGGCGAAAGAAAACCUGCGAUUUGGAUCGAUGCCGGCAUGCAUGGACGUGAAUGGAUCGGUAGUGCCGUGGCGACCUACAUACUAAGCCAAUUGGUUGAAAGGAAUUCGACCUACUCGAAAUUAUUGGAUAAUUCAGACUGGAUGAUUUUGCCAGUUAUCAAUCCCGAUGGUUACGAGUAUAGUCAUAUCGGUGACCGCUUCUGGCGGAAAACUAGAAGCAAUCACGCGGAAAGUCAAGAAGAUAGUAGGUACACACCUUCCAAUUUAUUACAGUUCGUAACGCACUAUACUAGAUGGUUCUGGACUAAAUGCGAAGGAGUUGAUCCAAAUCGAAAUUUUGCAUAUCACUGGGGCGAGGAAAAGGAAGAGGGAGCUAGUUCAGAUCCUUGUCAGGAAACUUACUCAGGACCGUUCGCCUUCUCCGAACCAGAAACGAAGGCUAUGGCAGAUUACAUUCUGGCAAAUAAGCAACAUAUUCGAAUGUAUUUGACUUUGCAUUCUUAUUCUCAAAUGUGGCUACUACCAUGGGGUCACACACGUUCGAAACCGUCGGAUUAUUCCGAUAUGAUGAACGUAGCGAAAAAAGCAAUUAAUGCAAUUACAAAGGUUCAUGGCACUCAUUAUCAACUUGGACCGGUGACAGACUUGAUGUAUCCAAUUUCUGGGGCAUCCGAUGAUUGGGCCAAAGGCGUCGCCGGUAUAAAAUAUGCGUACACGGUGGAACUACGCGAUCGCGGAACAUAUGGAUUUCUGUUGCCGGCGGCUCAGAUAGUUCCGACCGCGCGCGAGAUCUGGGCGGGAAUUCGCGCAAUCGCUCGCUUGGUCACCUGUAACACCUGUGUUAUUCGGCCAAUUGCCAUUUAUUCAACUAGUAUACCGACCGGCAUAAUGCUGAUUCAGUGCGUUUUAGCUGCCAUUCUGGUUUUUCAGGCAUGUCUGGCCACCCCCUUUGGUCUGAAACCUAAGAUCACCGACGGUGAAGAUGCCACACCUGGUGAAUUUCCUUAUCAAGUGUCUAUUCGUUGGGGUAUACCACCUCUCGUUCCACUGAACCAUGCCUGCGGUGGUUCAAUUUUAGAUGAGCAUUACGUUUUGACCGCCGGACACUGUGUUUUAAAGUACGGCAAGCUUAAAGUAUUGGCUGGCAAGCAUCACAUUUCUAGAGACGAAGACACUCAACAAGAAGUUGAAGUUGAAAGGGCCAUCGUUCACAAAGAGUAUCCGGGAGGUGUUGCUCCAUAUGAUAUCGCUAUCCUGAAACUGAAAACUCCUCUUAUCUUUAACAAGAGAGUGUCCGCUAUCUCUCUACCUCGACGGAACGAGAUACGAACUGGAAAUGCUGUGCUCUCUGGAUGGGGCUCUAUUUCAAAAAAAUUGCGCCCGCUGCUUCCUGAUGUUCUUCAAAAGGUUACUGUACCUGUGUUGGACAAUCAAUCUUGUCUGAACAAAUUCCCGGAUAACAUCAUAGGCAAAAAACCAGAACUUUAUGAUUCACAAAUCUGCACUGAUUCUGUUGGAGAGGUAUCAGCCUGCUCUGGUGACUCUGGUGGUCCACUGGUCCAAUUCGAAAACAACACUCCUAUCCAAAUCGGUAUCGUUUCAUGGGGUGUUAUGCCGUGCGGUGUCAACCGCGUUCCUUCCGUAUACACCCGCGUGGCUUCCUACGUUGAUUGGAUUAAAUUAACGAUUUGGCUUGACAAUGUCAAACCGAAUGUCUGAUUAUUUAUAUUAAAUAUCUUUCGUCUUUUCUAUGCGAUCAAUAUGCUUGUGAGAAUUGUAUUAUUUAAGACAUUAUUGUGUGCGCCAUUUUCAUACAAAUUAAAACAACCAA